AUGGCGCCAAAAAAGAAUGUCAAGAUGGACUUGGGUUCAUUCUUAGCGGAUGAUACCUACGGAGGAACCUCAUGGGCCGACGAGGAAGUCGACUUGAACUCCAUCGGUUUAUCAUUGGAUAAAUCCACCACUGAAGCUCCAAUUGGGGGUAAACCUUCAUUUUCCGGUCUUGGUGGUGGUGAAGGUCGUUUCCAAGAACAAAGAAAGGAGAGAAAAGAGUACCCAGUUCCUGAUAAACCACCAUAUGUUGCUCGUGUUUCUAACUUACCAUGGGAAGUUACUGAAGAAGUCAUUGUGAGACAUUUUGAAGACAGAAUGCAAGCACAUGAUAUCAUCACUGAUAUCAGAUUGCCUGUUGAUAGAGAAAACGGAAGAUUGAAAGGGUACGCGUUUGUUACAUUUACUGAAAGGGGCCUUCUUGAGGAAUCGUUGAAUUUGACAUUGAGUGAGUUUCAAGGAAGAAAGAUUUAUGUCAAUGUAGCAGCACCUCCAAGAGCUGAUGAAGGUGAUUGGAGAUCAGGUAGAUCAGGUCCAUUGGGAGGCAGAGGUGAACCUGAAGUCGACUUAGAUUGGGGUUCAGCUAGAAGAACACAAGCUGAAUUACCAAGAAGGGAGAGGUCAAGUAGAGGUCCAAGAGAGGAAAGAUCAUCUGGUCCCGAUUUGGACUGGGGUGCAGCUAGAUCAGAUGCAAGUGGCUUGCCACCAAGGGAAAGAUCUCACAGAGGUCCACCAAGAGAACAUAAACCAAGAGACGAACCAGACUUGGAUUGGGGAGCCGCCAGAUCCGAAUUAGCUGAAUUACCACCCAGAGAAAAAUCCCAUAGGGGUCCACCAAGAGAACAUAAAUCUAGAGACGAACCUGAAUUGGAUUGGGGUUCAGUAAGGAGCUCACAUGUUGAGUUACCUCCAAGACAAAGAUCAUCAAGAACAUCAAGUCAUGGUGAGGGCCAAGAACGUGGAAGUUUCAGCCGUGCUGCUAAAAAACAGGAACCAGAAUUAGAUUGGGGAGCAGCAAGAUCAUCAUCAACCACUUUACCACCAAGAGAAAGAUCAAGUAGGUCAGGAAGUACUAGGAAAAACUCUGAAAAUGAUUUCGAUUGGAAGAGAGGACAACCAUUGCAGCAGCGUACCAAGCCAGCCCGCGGACAAAAGCACAAAGAUGACAAGAAAGAGGAAGAAAAAUCCCAAGGACCACAAAAGUCUCAAUUCAGUGUAUUAUCAGUUGAUGAUGGAGACGAUGAUGAGGAAGAGGAGAGUGAAGCUAAACAAGAAAAUUCUAAGCAAGAGAGUGACGAUGUAAGCAAAUUGGAAUCUGCUACUGCCAACUUGUCGGUAUCUGAAAAGGAUAACAACAGUAAUGACGAUUGGGAAGUGGUUGGCAAGAAAUAA